AACAAGAGACUCUUUUAAAAUAAGAAUCUCUCUAUCUCUUUCUCUCUCUAUAUCUCCGUCUCCUUAAGGUUCGAUCGAUGGCAGCUUCUGUUGAUCCUUUGGUGGUCGGAAGAGUGAUCGGAGAUGUCUUGGACAUGUUCAUCCCAACCGCCAAUAUGUCUGUCUACUUUGGCCCCAAACACAUCACUAACGGCUGCGAGAUCAAACCCUCCACCGCACUUAACCCUCCAAAAGUCAACAUCUCUGGCCAUUCCGAUGAGCUUUACACCCUCGUGAUGACUGACCCGGACGCACCUAGCCCAAGCGAGCCGAACAUGAGAGAAUGGGUCCAUUGGAUUGUCGUGGAUAUUCCCGGAGGCACCAACCCCUCAAAAGGACAGGAGAUACUUCCAUACAUGGAACCAAGGCCACCAGUGGGAAUUCACCGCUACAUAUUGGUGCUUUUCCGGCAAAACUCGCCGGUGGGUCUGAUGGUGCAGCAGCCACCAUCACGAGCCAAUUUCAGCACCCGGAUGUUCGCCGGACAUCUCGAUCUUGGUCUACCUGUGGCCACCGUCUACUUCAACGCCCAAAAGGAGCCUGCUUCACGUAGGCGCUAGUACCAAGAAACCAGCAAAUACCACCUGCAAGCGAGCCAAAAAUCCGGAACUUUCUGGUUUAAAUACCAAAAGGUGCCUUUACCUCUAUAUAUUAUAUAACGGGAACCAGAGCGGACAAAAAAUGUAGGUUUUAUAUGUCAAAACCACAUUUUGUAUUAGUCCGGUUAUAGCUAUAUCUAUAUGACUAUAUUGCAUAUAAAUAUGUGUCUAUCCGGUUAUACCUAUAUAUGCUGUCUAUAUUGCAUAUAAAAAUAUGUGUCUAUCCUUUCUUUUAUGUCUGCAUAUGGAGUUGGUUGCAAUAAUAUAUGGUGUUCUGUCU